ACAAUUCCGAUGUUGUUUAUGCAACGUUGCAUGACUGUUUCCACUUCCUUGAAGCGGUGAAGUAGGUGAGGGGGUGGUUUGUAGGAGAUAGUGACUUGUAUCCUGUACCUUGAGUGAAACAUGGCUGACGAUGGUAUGGACCUUGAUGAAAAAGAUUUUGGUCUGAGCAGCCUAAAAAAAUUAAAAGAUACAGUGAAGAGCUGUGUAUACACCUUGAUGUCUGGAGAUGAAGAUGAGGAAGAGAAGGAAAUGGACAGAACAGACCAGUAUGACUUUGGACACUCACAGCGAGGUGUGGCCCUGAUUGUGUGUAAUGUGAAGUUUCAACAUGUCCAACCCAGAGUUGGAGCAGAUUUAGAUGCCGAAAGUUUUUAUAAAACAUUUCGGAAACUUGGAUUCGAGGAUAUCCGCACCAAAUACAACAUGACUGAUACGGAUAUGAGGGAUUGGUUCACUGCAGUAUCUCAAGAAGAUCAUAGUGAAUGUGACUGUCUGGCUGUUGCUAUUACCUCCCACGGAGAGAAGUACACUCAAGUUGACCCCAGGAGGUACAAUGUCUCAGUGGAACGAGAUAUCAUCCUCGGCUCACAGGGGGCAGUUUACACAGAAGAACUGGUGGAGAAAUUCUCAGAUGAUAACUGUCCAUCUUUAAGAGGGAAACCAAGAAUAUUUCUUUUACAAGCCUGCAGGGGUGUGAUGCUGGACCCAGGGGUGACUGUAACAGAAGAUAUGGAUGUGGUUGAUGCUAUGACUGAACCAGAGUACACCAUCUCCCCUGCUCCCUGCUUCAAGGACUUCUGUAUCGUGUAUGCCACCCCUCCAGGUUUCUAUGCAUUUCGCCGCCCGACCACAGGCUCCUGGUUUGUCACAGGUUUGCGUGACGUCAUUGAGAAUGCUGACUUGACAAAACACAACCUGCUCCAGCUGAUGACCAAGGUCAUCAACCAUGUGGCACGACAGUUUGAAUCCCAUUCCCCACAGCUGGACAUCGAUGGCAAGAAACAGUCAGGAUGCAUUUACUCCAUGUUGACAAAGGAUGUGUAUUUCUCUCCCAAACCCUUAGGGGACGAGCCACUGUAGGCUGCAUCAAUCACCGUUACCAUGGUUACAGCUGUUACAUUUCAUAUACAUAUAUGUGUGAUUUUUUUCCAUUGCUUUUGCCUCUAUUAUGUUGUUCCCUCCAUCAUAAUAUUGUUUUAGACCGCCUCCGUGGUCUUGUGGUAGAGCGUCCGCCCGGAGAGCGGAAGGUCCAGGGUUCGAUCCCGGGCCGCGUCAUACAAAAAGACGUUAAAAGAUUGUACUUGUUGUUACCCUGUCUGG